AUGAUUCCUAUACCAAUUCACAGAUUUCCUCAUGAUCCAGUGCUGGUCCAGUUAUUAGCACUAGCACAUCAGACUCCUCCUACUGAGGCCGUCGUCGAAGACGAUGCACUUGGCUGCAAGAAGACGUAUCCUGAGCUUCUUGCUGACAUCGUUGCAACCCGAGAACUCCUGCGAGCGCAAUUACCCCCCUCGGCAUUAGAUACCCAGGGACUUUUGUGCGAAGAGAGGCAAAGCGUCGCUCUCCUCGCGAAGAGCGGAUAUGAGUUUCUCGUUGCCUUCUUUACUAUACGAUCCUUGGGUGGUGUAUGUGCACCUCUAGGUAAAAAUUCACGUUCCAUACCAACACUCAGCGGAGAACGAAAUCAGGCUAACUGGCUGUUUUGA